CAACACUGCUCCAGCAAUUUAUUGUUAUUGUUUUAAAGUCGAUUUUUCUUCCGAAAAAAAUCACUGAAGCUGAUAACGCCAAUUAAUUUUAUAAAAUUGAACUGAAAUCAUGACAAAAUAGCCACCAAUCAAAAUGGAAGCCCAACCCACCCUUCGCUGUCGGCUGUGCCUGACCGUCUUCUCCGACUCGGACCGAACCCAGCUACGGGACAUAUUCCGCGACGACAACGGGGACCACUUUGGGUGUAAAGUGCGCGAAUGUACCGGGGUGUACGUAACGCGGCAGGAUUCGCUCACCACGGCCUGUGCCAACUGCGUCCAGACGGUGCACUUUAUCGACGAGUUCCGGAACCUGUGCCGGCAGUCCGACAGGAGUUUAGUGCGGGCGGCGUUCGACGGAGUGACCGGGUUCGGUCCGGCACGCUGGGAGAGCUACUCGUAUCAUGUUAGGGAGUUGAGGAAGUUGCUGGAACCGCAGCAGGAGGAGAACGUUGGCGGCGGAAGCGGUUACUUGCCGGAGACGGUGUUUGUGAAGGGCCAACAAGGACCGGCUGAGGUUGGGUUCGAGUGGGAGGACGUGGAGGAGAUGGUGGCCGUAAAGCAGGAGGUUGUUGGUAGUGACGAGGAGGAUGAGGUUGAAGAAGGGUUGGAGGAGGUUGUUGGGAGCGAUGAUGAUGGUGCUCCGCGACGGAAGAGGAACCGAGUCAACUGGGAGGUGGAUCCGCUGACGCUGGCCAAAGCAAUUCAUAGACUUCCGGUGCUGUGGAAUGCGAAGCAGGAUGGUCACCGGCAGUCGUACCAGCGAGAUCGAGCUUGGACCCAACUGGCCACGGAAACGGGAUUGAACAAGGACAAACUGAAGAAAAUGUGGUGCAGCUUGAACGACAUGUUCCACCGGAAACGCUGGGGUUCCGACGCGUCGGACGUUCAACUCUACCAGCUGCUGGAAACCAUGUUCAGUGCAAGCAUUCGCCGGAGGAGCAAAUUUGGCCUUUCGAACGAGACUCGUGCCGCGAUGGCCAAAAUAUCCAACGACAACGGCGAAAACGAGCGGAUGAAACUGGCCCAAAUAUUCUACAAACACGAAGACAUCUGGAACAGAACCCAUCCAGAUUUCGACAAACAAACGAAGUGGACCAACCUCGCAACGCAGUUGAACACCACCGUAGACGAGCUCAAACGCCACUGGAAGUGCUUCAAGGACAUUUACUACGCCCGGCGGAGGCGUCUCCAAACCGGGGAAAUCAAACCGACCCACCAAUGUCUGCAGGAUCCGUUCUUCCUACUUCUGGAGAAAAUGUGGAUCAAAAAUGCCCGACCAGCCCAGCGCCAACCGGUUCCACUGCGCACCACCGCAAAUAUCAGCGCCGAAGAAGUGGAACCACUCCCCGCCAACAAUCGAAUGCAGCUCACCCAGCUGAUCUACGACCGGGAAGUGAUCUGGAAUCGGUCCCAUCCGGACCACCCCGUGCUGGCCAAACGGGACGAGGCGUUCGACGAGGUGGCCCGCGAGCUGGGCAUGUCGAUGCCGGAGUUGAAGCACCACUGGCGCACGCUGCGCUCGUUCUACUGCAACCGGUACCUGCGCAUGAAGCGCGGCCAGAUCGCGCCCGACCAUCCGCUGCUGCACGAGCCGGUCUACCUGAUGCUGCGGAAAAUCUUCGGCGAUGAGAGCAGUGGCGGCGGGGAGGAAGGGGAGUGAUUUUUGUUUAUAUUUAGAGCAUUCCGAUUACCUUAGUGUUCAGAAAACAAUUGGUGAAGGUGUACACAUUCAAUGAAAACUAGUGCAAAGAACGUAUUAGCAAUUAGCCUGCCUAUUUUACUGUAUUUAUAAAUAUAAAUAAAUUAAACCAAAACUUAAACUACGAAUACUUGGCCCUGUUUUUUUCAUUUCCUUCCAUACAGCGCGUAUAAUGUC